GCGGCGGUGGAGAAGUCAUUGAGAUUGCUACAGGCUCUUGUGCAGAUAGCUGCUGGAACUGCUUCAUCGGCUGCUGAUGCAAAGACCUGGAGUACGGCGAGGGGACAUUUUGCUCUUGCACGCCGCUACCUCCGCCUCUUCAAAUGGAUAGAUUUCAGCCAACUCACUCUCCAAUCCCUCUCCGAACCCGACUCCAUACGCCGUGCUCUCAAGACCUCCAAAAACGCUCUCUUAGCCCUCUAUUUCUUUAUGGAAAUGUUCUGUAUCACCAACGCCAUGACCCUCACCACCUCCCCCUUCUUAACCUCCCUCCAACACCACGCCCUCCAAAUCUGGUUUUUGGCCAUCAGCGUCUCUCUCCUACUCACCUUCUACGACCUCCUCUCUUCCCACGCAUCCAAAAAGCAACUCUACACCGCUCUCCUCGUCGACUCUUGCGAUAUCCUGAUCCCUGGCUCUGCGGUAGGUUGGAUCCCCGCUUCUUCGGUGACUGUGGGUGUAGCGAGCAGUGUUUCUAGUGUGAUGGUCGGACAGCAGAUUUGGGGCAGGGUGCAAAAGCAA